AACAACAUUUGCCAACACACAAGUGACACAACAAUAUUAUUUCAACUAUUUUUCCUUCAAAACUGUCAUAUUUUACCUAAACCUAAAGUAUUUCCCAGCAAUGGAGUUGAAGACAAUUAUUCUUAUUGGAGGACCUCAGAAAGGGACAAGAUUCCGACCACUUUCUUUAGAGCUGCCCAAACCAUUAUUUCCUAUAGCAGGUUGUCCAUUGAUUCAGCACCAUAUUGAAGCAUGUAGUAAGGUACCAAAUAUGAAAGAAAUUGUCCUAAUCGGUUACUACCAACAGAAUGAAUCUUUAUCAAGAUUCAUUGCUUCUGUCCAACACGAGUUUAACAUCCCUGUACGGUACCUACAGGAAUUCCAGCCUCUCGGCACAGUCGGAGGUCUUUAUCAUUUUCGAGACCAGAUAAUGCUUGGUAAUCCAUCAGCUCUCAUAGUUUUGUACGCUGAUAUCAGCUCAGAUUUCCCUCUAAAAGAAAUGUGGGAAUUUCACAAGAAACAUAAUCAUGGCAAGCACACAGUGCUGGGGACAGAGUCAAAUCCUAGUCAAGCUUCAGACAAUGGCUGCAUGGUGGAAGAUGCGGAAACACAUGAGCUGCUACAUUAUGUGGAAAAACCCGAAACAUAUGUCAGUAGUCUAAUCAACUGUGGGGCAUAUAUCUUCACACCGACAAUUUUUGAUGCACUCAAAGAACUAAGACAAAAAAAUGUUGACAGAGCAAAUGAGCUAUCACAAUCAAACAAUGUUGGCAGAAUAAUGAUGGGAGAACAACUAAUGCCAUACUUAUCUGGACAAGGACUUGUCUAUGUCUUUAAAACAGACAAUUUCUGGACAGUAUUGAAAAGUGCAGGGUCAGCAAUCUUUGCAAAUAAAAACUUUCUCGAGUUAUACAGAACACAGCAUAACGAUCGUCUUACACUAAAUGAAGACAAUAAACCAACAAUUAUAGGCGAUGUUUUUAUUCAUCCAACAGCCUCAGUCCACUCCACUGCAGUUAUUGGACCCAAUGUGUCCAUAGGCAGUGGGGUUAUAAUUGGACCAGGUGCAAGGGUGAAAGAUGCAAUUAUUUUAGACAAGGCAGAAAUUAAGGACCAUUGCUGUAUCCUCUAUAGCAUAGUUGGAUGGAACUGUGUUAUUGGUGCAUGGUCAAGAAUUGAGGGAACCAAAUUUGAACCUAAUCCUAACGAACCCCAUGCCCGUUUAGCUAGCGAGUCCCUAUUUCAGAAAGAUGGACGAUUAAUUGCAUCAACAACAGUUCUAGGUCGUAAUGUUGUGAUCAGCCCAGAACUAUUGGUUCGAAAUUCUAUUGUAUUACCAUACAAAGAACUGUCAUCAAGUUUCAAAAAUGAAAUUAUCCUUUAAAAAUCAAGCAAAAUCUAUGGUCACAAUUUUAAAUUCGAUCUUCACAACCAUCUGUGUGCU